AUGGGCGACAAGCGACUUCAGCCGUGGGAUAUGGCAGAAGCCACAUUUGGAAGCGGGCAGGGCGACCUGAGGCGUCUCGCUGCUGGUUCCUGGAUCGCAUGCAGGGACAGGGUGCCCGUGAUGGUGAUGCUUCUCGACUACCUAGGCAUGACGUCGUCUCUUGGGCGUCUCCCUCGCGCGAACUGCCCGGAUAUGCCAGCGCCGAGGAAGGUUGCUGCAAGGUCCGGACAGCCGUCGCUGCCCCAUUGGAUCUCGGCGAUCAAGUCAUGA